UGCUACAAGCGUUUACGCUAAUGCUUUGAUAUAGUAUAGAGAUAGUAGCAGGUUGGAAGGUGCACCGUUGGACUCAGUUCGAGUACUGACGUCGCAUUGUUCUACAGGUCGGUUUACAAAGACCUGCCCUGAACGGUACAGGCCUGAAGGAGUGCUAGUAACCAUCGCGAAAGUUUAACAUGUCUUAGUAGUCUCUUGUAUUAUGAACGGCUGUACGACAUGGACUUGUCGAGUUGCAACGGAGGCCUACCAGACCAUCAGCUGUGAAGGCCUUAAAUGCGCCUUUCUUCAGAACAGUUCAUGAAACAGCGAUCGUAUUGUGUGGAAGCUCAGCAAUCGUAGUACCUCUCUGUGCCAUAUCUAGCAACGUGCUGAAUAUUUGAAUACCAAGGAAAAAUUUGGAUGUGACGUUAAACUUCCAAGUUUAACUGACGAUCACUUCUGUGAGGCUAAUUACAUUUCGUUACCGUGAACGAGUUGAAGCUGAUGCCAACGUAAAAGUUCGCUAGUUCGAACAUCCGCUAACAUGAAAAUGCACACCAAAACGAACUCAUUUAUCAACAGCCGAUAUUCUCAACUUCCGUGAAAUACAAUAGAAAUUGCAAAUUAUAGCCUAGGCAUGUUACCUGUGUCGAAUCCGGGCACCCCGAGCCCCAUUAAACCCGCCUCGCCAGAAUCUAGAACCUGUCCCUCAUGCAGAAUUUCUAUCAGCUUAAGCGGCAGCCAUCAGUCUCGCACAAUGUGCCCCUUUUGUGGCGCGUUCUACAAUCAGCGUGCUAACUCGGACUUUAGCAUGAGAAGGAACAGUUCCGUUGCUAAUGGCUACCUGCCCCAUAUUGACGAUAUCACUAGGAGACAUUCGUCGAUAGGUGAAAGGUUGGGAGCACUACAAGGAUAUCUUGCUGGUUUGAUCCUACGAACAAGUCACGAAAACCAGUUCUAUCUGCCUCCAGUGGAUAAAGACAGGGACGCUAAGGACAACGCUGAUGCCGGUCAACUCACUCCUGGCAGUUCAGACGACGAUUCACUUGACUAUCCUGUCCGGAACAUGGACAUUGAGUCAUACCAGACUCUAUUAGAGGACUACAAAACGAAGGACAACUUCACGCCUCUUCAGGAGUUCUUGGAGCAGACGUUUUGUUGUUUCGUCGAAAUGUCCUCUGUGUUUAAGAAGGACCCUAAGCAAGAAAAUGCGCGUCCUGAAGAUCCGGACAUCAAGACCGAACUUCUUUUUGAGGUUUAUGAUAGCCUCGACAGUUUGCCUGGUUUCAUCACGAAGAGCAUUUUGAAGGCAAUUAUUAAUUCACUACUGGAAUUAGACGUUCGACUUAUGGCAAAGGAUGACGUGCGGUCACUUUAUAUGCUCCUACUCAAUCCAAUCUUCGCCACUCAGGCAUCAUAUACGGUAUUUGCUCACUUGAUACACAGGGUUGUAUCUCUUCCGAGCCCAGAUCAUCAGCUGCUUCUACAUUGGUUUACCAGGACGGAUGCAUCUCGAACACGCGAGCUCGUUAAACGACUUCUACAGUUUAUCACCAUUAGGGAAUUUCCCCCGGCCAACGGCCAUCGUCUUCCGUCGAUUAAUAAAAGCCGGUGGUGGAUACCGUGCGCCACGAGGGUGUUGGCUCUGUUGAACGCGGCUAAUAAUAGGGUAUCGCCUCCGCUGCUCGAGUACGCUGAAUUCUACAACUCUGCUUUGGACCACAUCAAUCUUAUGGCAGAGUAUUACCGUUGGCAGACUCCCGAAAAAAGUAACAAAUUUUCCUACUGCCAGUAUCCUUUCAUAUUGAGCAUCGUUGCGAAAAAGUUUAUCCUUCAAAGAGACUCCGAGCAACAGAUGAUCCUUAAUGCAAGGCGUUCGUUGUUAAAUCGUGCUUUACAACAUCAAGUUCCUGACAUUGACGUCUUCUUCCUUAACCUUAAUAUCCGUCGAGCGCAUUUGGUAUCCGAUUCACUUAAUGAGAUCGCGCGGAAGCAAGCCGACCUCAAAAAGAAGCUCAAAGUCACCUUUGUUGGUGAACCAGGUCUCGACAUGGGAGGCCUGACAAAAGAAUGGUUCUUGUUGCUGAUCAAGCGAAUAUUCAGUUCGGACUACGGUAUGUUUGUAUAUCAUAAUAAAGCCCGCUGCUACUGGUUUAGUACAGUGAAAAUCGGUAACCUACGUGAGUAUAAUCUCAUUGGAGUUCUGAUGGGUCUGGCCGUAUACAACUCGAUCAUCCUCGACCUCAACUUCCCCACUGCCUGCUACAAAAAGCUGCUUAGCCCGCCUGUGGUCCCAGCCAACGUAGAUACAACCAAUGUAGGCAACUGCGAGCUCACACUAGAUGAUCUGUCGGAAAUCAUGCCGGAUGUCGUACUUGGGCUUCGAGAACUGCUAGCGUAUGAGGGUAACGUGGAAGAGGACUUCUUGAUGCACUUCGAGGCGUCUGUUGAUGAGUUCGGUGAGGUAAAAACUCACAUCCUUAAGGAAGGUGGCGAACAGAUCGCUGUCACAAACGAAAAUCGUCAAGAAUAUGUGGAUCUUUAUAUAAAUCUUAUCCUAAACGAGGCGAUCAGCCAGCCGUUCAAAGCAUUUUAUCUUGGAUUUCACAGUGUCUGUGCAUCUAACGCACUCAUCAUGCUUCGUCCAGAAGAGGUGGAGUUACUCGUGUGUGGAUGGCCCAAACUCGAUUUAGAAGCUCUCCGCAAAGUGACCGUCUAUGACGGCUUUAAGCCCGAUGACCCAUUAGUUAAUCAAUUAUGGACGCUGAUCGACAACUUUACGGUCCAUUUGCAACAACAGUUCUUACGUUUCUGCACGGGCUCCGAUCGAGUUCCCGUCGGAGGAAUGUCUGAGAUGACUUUCAAGAUCAGCGCGAUUAAUCACAGCACGGAUAUGCUACCAAUUUCACAUACUUGUUUCAACCAUCUUUGUUUGCCGCGUUAUCCAGACGAAGAGACGCUGAAAGAGAAGCUGAUAACCGCUAUCUCCAACGCCGAGGGAUUUGGUCUUGAAUAAAAUUGAAGGCAGAAACGAUUUUCUGUCUCCAAAGCUAUUGAAUUAGAUGACAGUAGAUCAGAUUCACGUUUUGGGUUAUCGAUUUGUCUAACUUAAGCCGAACAGAGCUGAUUUGUGAGCAGUCGGAUAAAAAUAUUUAUACCGAACCCACUAAAAUGAUAAAUAUUAUCUAUAUUUUAUCAGUUUUAUAGUUACUAAAAUAGAUAUUUCAAUAACGUCUUUCUUAUGCGCUAGAAGUGUCGCGUUUUUAUGACCAUACUGAUUAUUAUUGCAGCCGCUAUUUACGUUUACACUUCCAACACGGAACUUGAUUAGCGAUUUUAAAAUAGUACCCAUCUGUCAAGCGAUAUUUUUAGGUGAACGGAAUCAAAACGUGAGUCCAUGUUCGCUAGAAAGCUCUAAAAUGUCAAGAGCUUAGAAAGAUACAUAACGUUUUAACAAAAAAACGAAAAAACAACGACCCAAUUGGCAAUUGAGAUUCUAUUUUCUUCAUCAUUGUUUUGUAUCUGCAGGCUAGGCGUAUGAAAGUCGACCUUUUGAGCCGUUGAGUUUUCGAGGCCUUCAAAUCUAGGCCCUAUCAGCGAUUUUAUAUACAUAUAAAAGUAGCGGAAUAGACCAGUUCCGCCGACUAUCUCUCAACUAAGCCUUUCGCUAGAAACGCAUUUGGUUCACCAGUAGCAAGUACAGUGUAUCUAUUUUGUUGCUUCUAUUUGUCCAAAAUAGUUAUACAAGAUCGCCUCAAAUCGUAUGAAAGGUCAAACAAAUAGAUCGAUCGUCAUUUCUGCUUUAAAACGAUGCAACCGUUCCUGCGAAACCGUUACCCUUAUGAACGACAAGCAUAGGAUACUCUCACAACAUGUUUUUAUCUUCAGAUUUAGAGGGAACUUUACUCAUUGUGAUAUAUGAAUAUAUAUUUGAGUAUAUUUAUUGAUAUUUUUAUCUUUUAUAUUUAUGUCACCAGCACUACGAGGACCGGAAGAUACCCAAAUAGGAUAGCUACGAUAUUCCGCUUAGAAGUCAAUAGUAAUUCAACAUUUUCGACAUGAAUGUUGGUAUGAUUAAAAAUGUAGCUAUAGAAAGAAGAUGUAGACGAGGAGUUGCCUUCAUCCGCAACGAUGAGCAUAUAUUUUCAUAGACAUACGCCCUUCAUAUCGUUUUCACGCAUUACUAUUCAACUCUCACCCAACAUAGGUCUGAAGCCCAGUUCGGCAGACACCCUAUAGCGUUUACUACGCUAAAAUAAACUUGCUAUAAUGAGGUCAUUGUGCUACUCGCAUAGUGUAACAUAAACUGGGCAGCGGUAACUGAUGGGUAACUUUCGUGGUGUCUAUAUACGUGUGUACGCUACGCUCAACUUUGUGGGUAUAUCAAGUGGCUUAUACCAGAUUGUCAAUGUCGUUAUCAUUAA